AUGAGUAUUUUGAGGUAUAGGCCUAGGGGAGGCGUUCAGCACUAUCCAGGUACCUCCGAAAUAAAGCGUGGAGAGGUAUUGUCGAAUUUUCGUUUCUUUAAUCUCACAUACGCUACAGAGCUGCAAUAUAAGCGCCUGAAAAUCGGAAAUUGGCCUCCUCCGGACUCUUCACCCCUGCAUCCGAUUGAGCCCUGGGGGAAGCAGUUUUUCGUGUUCAACACUCUUCAGGAAGGAAAGCCAGAGACACUUUUAUGCGUGGCAGACCACUCUAGAAAACCUCUAAUGUACUUGAGACGUGAAGACUUUCAGGUUCUGGCUUCCAUCUUUGAGAGCAUAAAGGGCGAGCUGGAUCGAUUAAACAAUGUGCCAAGGGAACCCGACGGAACGUUUGACAUGCAAAGGCUGGAGUAUGAUCGUCCCAGAUACGCAAUGCAGAGAAUGAAAACGGGAGCACACAGCUCACAUACAAUCAUGAGAAGCACCCACAGAGCAAAGAAGUAG